GAGGGAGGCUAGCUGAUGGCGACUUUUCCCCCACAGGUGCUGUUGGCAGCAGCCGUCUGCACGAAAGCUGGCAAGGCCAUUGUCUCCCGCCAGUUUGUGGAGAUGACCCGGACGCGCAUUGAGGGGCUGCUGGCAGCCUUCCCGAAGCUCAUGAACACGGGGAAGCAGCACACCUUUGUGGAGACGGAGAGCGUGCGCUAUGUCUACCAGCCCAUGGAGAAGCUGUACAUGGUGCUGAUCACCACCAAAAACAGCAACAUUCUGGAGGACCUUGAAACUCUCCGGCUCUUCUCCAGAGUGAUUCCUGAAUAUUGCCGAGUGCUGGAGGAGACUGAGAUUUCCGAACAUUGCUUCGAUCUAAUAUUUGCCUUUGAUGAGAUUGUUGCCCUUGGCUACCGGGAGAAUGUCAACCUGGCCCAGAUCCGCACUUUCACAGAGAUGGACUCCCAUGAGGAAAAAGUUUUCAGAGCCGUCCGAGAGACCCAAGAGCGCGAGGCCAAGGCUGAGAUGCGCCGGAAAGCCAAGGAACUGCAGCAGGCACGCAGGGAUGCUGAACGCCGGGGAACCAAAGCUCCAGGCUUUGGUGGCUUUGGCAGCUCUGCUGUGUCUGGAGGCUCUACAGCCGCUAUGAUCACGGAAACCAUCAUCGAGACUGAGAAACCGAAAGUGACUCCUGUCCCAGCCAGGCCAUCCGGCUCCAACAAGGCACUCAAGCUCGGGGCCAAAGGGAAGGAAGUGGAUCAUUUUGUGGACAAGCUGAAAUCAGAAGGAGAAAACAUAGUCACCUCUUCUGUGGGGAAGCGGUCUUCGGAUGCAGCUGCAGUCCUCGCUCCGCCCAUCAAUCUGGAGAGUGUGCACAUGAAAAUAGAAGAGACCAUCUCCCUGACCUGCGGCCGGGAUGGAGGACUACAGAACAUGGAGCUUCAUGGCAUGAUUAUGCUGCGGAUCCUGGAUGAAAAGUUUGCCCGCAUUCGUAUCCAUGUUGAGAACGAGGACAAGAAGGGAGUGCAGCUCCAGACUCACCCCAAUGUGGACAAGAAGCUUUUUACAGCUGAGUCCAUGAUAGGCCUGAAGAAUCCAGAGAAGUCCUUCCCUAUCAACAGCGAUGUGGGGGUACUGAAGUGGAGGCUACAGACGACAGAGGAGUCUUCUAUUCCCCUGACAAUUAACUGCUGGCCCUCGGAGAGCGGCAGCGGCUGUGACGUCAACAUUGAGUAUGAGUUGCAGGAGGAGAGCCUGGAGCUGAAUGACGUGGUGAUCGCCAUCCCUCUGCCGCCUGGCGUGGGGGCUCCCGUGAUCGGAGAGAUCGACGGAGAGUACCGCCACGACAGUCGGCGGAAUGUGCUGGAGUGGUGCUUGCCUGUGAUCGAUGCCAAAAACAAGAGCGGCAGCCUGGAGUUCAGCAUCGUCGGCCAGCCCAAUGACUUCUUCCCUGUGCACGUUUCCUUCGUUUCCAAGAAGAACUACUGCAACAUCCAGGUUACCAAAGUGACCCAGGUUGAUGGAAACACCCCGGUGAGGUUCUCCAAAGAGACCACCUUCCUUGUGGACAAGUACGAGAUCCUGUAAUCCUUGCAUCGGGGGAACAGCAAGCAAGACCGAGGCUGUGGCCUCUUGGGAGGGGCUUGUCCAGCCUUCCUGUGUUGGGAGACCCAGACCUGUUAGUUUGCCUCUUCUGGCAUUUUGAGGGCACAGUCCGUCAGGCAGGGAGAGACUACUUGCUUCUCUAGCAGAGCUGGCUUGGCCAGGCAGGCUCCUCCUGGAUGGAUCCUGAGGCAUGCUGCACCUGUGCUUCGAUUGAUUCCCCCCCCCGACCCCCAGGGUCUCCCCCAUUGUUAUUGGUCACUGACAUUGACAAGAGUGGAGGUGUUGCCCCUGGCCUCAGUUACCCGAAAAGGCCAGUGUGAGGCCCUAGAAAGCUCCACCGUGGCAGGGGAACCAAGGCAGGCCAGUCCCUUUCCAGAAUCUGAUGCUGGCACUCCCUUUAUUUUUUAAUUCCAAGGACCCUUUGCCAGUCAUUUGGCCUUUGAGGGAUGGAAGGUGUGGGGGACAUUUUGGCACCUGGGCAGCUCCUUGUCGUCCAGUUCCGGGCUCUCGCCUGAAAGCUCUUUCUUUGGCUUUUUUGAAACUCCCACCUGUCCAGGGGAGUGGCUACCCGUGUUCUCUGCCCCUUUCCAAUCCCUGUGAGGGGUGGGGUGUGGGAGCAGUCCAUGGCCCUUGGUUGUGCCCACCUGCUAAAGAAGUCACCAGCCUCUCCUACCUUGCCUCAUUUGCUGAUGUGAGUCUUUUCAAAGUAUCCGGGGGAUGUGCGACUAAUUGUAUCAUAGGUAGUAGUGGGGAAUUGUACUGAUGCAGCUGCAUUCAAGAGUUGUCUGAUUUUUAAAAUGGAGUUUAGUUCUACCAUCCAAUGAGCGGUCUUUCUUUGUCAAAUCACAUGGGGGGAUAUUAAAAGAACGUUUUGUAUCCCUGUAAGAUAAUAAGUUUAGGCCUUAUAACACAUUCCAGUGUACACAAGGAGUCCUGCCCCUGAAUCCAAUAAAGAGAAUUCUAAAAGGA